UCGUCACGUGAUUAUUCUGAAGAUGGCGUCUCCAAAUGGAGGUGACGAUUUUGAGGGCUCUUUGCUGAGUUUUGAGAAGUUGGACAGAGCUUCACCGGACCUGUGGCCAGAGCAGUUGCCCGGGGUUGCAGAAUUUGCUGCAUCUUGUAAAAAUCCCAUCACUAAUUCGCCCCCCAAAUGGAUGGCUGAACUAGAGAGUGAGGACAUUGAAAUGUUGAAAGAGCUGGGCAGUCUGACCACAGCCAAUCUGAUGGAGAAGGUCAAAGGACUUCAGAACCUCGCUUACCAGCUGGGCCUCGAGGAAGCCAGAGAAAUGACCCGUGGCAAGUUCCUGAACAUCCUGGAGAGGCCCAAGAAGUGACGUGUCCUUUUAUUUUGCAAGCAACAGGAAAUCUGGGCACUGCAAGGUGAAUCUGUAUGCAUUCACAAACAUAAUCUGAACAUGUUCAGACCUUCACAACAAAGACUUUGCACCGUAAAUCGGAGCAGAAAUGCUCUCUCACACAGCUGAGGUGUCCUCUCAGUGCACCUGUUCUCUGCCUAGGUAGAUGCCUUCACAUUUAUGGAAACUUUGAAGUGAUUUAUUACUUCUAGCUGAAUUUCUCUGUCGCUUGUAGACCUGCCUUGUUGAAAUGUUCCCUAUUUAUUCUUGUUCUAUUUUAAACAUGAUUUACAUUUUUUUGCAAUUUGUGAAGUUGUUUAAUAAAGUUUUAAAAUGAAAA